UGGAAGAGGAGAAAUAUAUUUUUCUGCCAGAGUCGUUCAUAUUUUUUACGAUUCGAGGAUGUCACCGAGAAUGCCAAAACAGCAAAUCUUGAUCUUGUUUGCAAGCCUGCAGCCCCACCCCAAAGUGUAGAUCGAUUUUAGAUCGAAAAUCGCGGUCGCUCAUGCUCAUCUGUCAUCUUCUCUCUCGCUCUCUCUAUUUCUUUCUUGGCUUCUUUCUUUGGGCGUGGAAGGGACAUCCGCCAUGCUCGUGAGCUUUUGAUUAGAGGCCACAUGCGAGUGAGUGCCGGGGGGGAGGUCACUUGAGAGCCAAGUUAUGGGAGGAAUGUACGCACAGCUGUACCGAGUGCGGUGCAUUCCCUUCUGAGAAGAAGCAGGGCCACAUUGGGCACCGCUCGAGCGGCCAGAGCUGGAGAGCAGAGCAUGGACUGGCGAAAGAAAGAAACAGAGGCUCUUCGAAGCGUGCAGCCUCGCCUCGCCUCGAAGCCAGGAGAAUGGUGACGUCGGCGUGCUUCGUCGAAUAGUGGGUGGUCCUGAGAACCUGCCGAUUUCUGCUCUGCUCUGCUCUGCUCUGCUCUUCUCUUUUCCUUCCCUUUCCCCCUUUUUUGUCUGCAUCUCCUCCGCCCUUCUUCAAUCAGAAGCGGAAGCGGAAGCAGGAGGAGAAAAGAAGGGCUGGCUUGGAGGCCGGCUGGGUUUUGGUUGGCCGGGCGACGUCUGGUCUGGUCUGUUGCGAGGUGGCGUCGUUGGAGCAUUGUUCUGUUUGGUAUCGAGGCUUUCGCUGCUUCGAAAGCCGAUCCUCGAGCUCGGGCAGUGGAGAGCUUUCCUUGGGAUUGAUUGUUUGAUUGAUCUCACGCCCAGGUCCACUUGUCACUGGUGAAGGCGGCGUCGGUUCUCUCGCUUUCUGGUUCUCCUUCCGCUGCUGCUGCAGGCACGGGCUGCGCAGGCCCCACUUGGGCUCUGCUGUGCAAUUGCGCUUCUCGCCAACUGUUUGCGACAGCAGCAUCUUUGUUCGGCCAACGCAGUGUGGCCUUCUGCAUCACCGUUUUGUCACCCUCUCUCUCGCCUGCCUAGCGCUCUAGGUUCGGGAAUUGCUGGUUUGUUUCUGCGACCAGGAAGGAAGGAGGGGCCUCUCGGGGAGUCACGACUGUCAUCACUGGGUGGGUCGUCCCGCGCUUCUGGCCCUUGGGUUGCCUGGCCUCGAGAAAUUGAGGUGGCAUUUGAUUAGUGGGUUCUGGCGAGGGCAUGAAAUUGACCGCGUCCAAGUCGCUCGAGGAAGAAAAGGAAAAGUCCAGCUCUCGAGAGCAGGUUUUGAUGAGAGGCGCUUGAACAGCUUUCACACGAGCGGAUCGUGUCGAGAACGGGCGAUUUUUGGUCUUUUGAGAAGGUAAGGACUAAGGAGUCCGGGCGUCGAUGUCUGCCGUGGAAUUCAUUGUCGGCUUCGUUUCCAGAUCGGUGGCCGCGGACAGUAGAGAAUUGUGUGUGCUUCAUGGGUAGAGGAAUUUUGGUUCCUUCCUUUUGGCAACGCCUUCCACCCAGUUUGAGGUGAAGGAAGUGAGGCCAGUGCCUUCCUAGAAAAACGAGGUGUAGAUGGAAAUGAGAGGCGGAUUACGGAAGUGGUCCCGGCGCAGUGUUCAUUCCUUCUUCUGAGGCAUGGUUGCAAGGGCUGGACGACUCUUUGUAGUCAACUUCGAUGAUGGGAGGACAAUGGGAAGUCCUGUUUGACGAUUGGGCUUGUUGAGCAUGUGAAUUUGCGGUUUUUUAGCGUCAGCAUUUGCACGCUGGAGUGCACUUCUCUGACGUCGAGCAAUGUGUUUGCCCUACACCUCGCGACUGCAAUCGCUCGUGGUUUGUAGGGCUUUCGAGUUCGAAUCGGGUUUGAAGUGGAGACAUUGUUGAGUCGUAUUUGUGCUGUUGCAGUGAGCAGGGACUCCGAUCAGCGUCACUGCUGGUUUUCAUGUCUCGGAAAACGUAUGCUGAAUUUGCAGAUUGUUAGGGUUUCUCCGAGGUAAAUAUUCAACAGAGAAGAAAGGCGUACUGAAAGUGGGUUCGAUGCCCUUUAUCGAGGGUGUUGGUGACGAGUUAGUUUAUGCGGCUCUGGUAGCAGCCCCGGUAGUCUUCAUCUGCCGCUGUUCUCUGGGACACCCAAUAACUUGGUUGAAGCAUGGGGCUUUCUUGGUGCGCAAGUGGGUCAGUGGUGUUUGGAGCUCACUGAGGGGUCAACGAGGAGGCCGUGGUACAGCAGAUUCUGGGCGAGGCUAUGCCAGGCACAUGGAAGCCCCUGCAGAUAACGACUGUUGCUCAAUAUGCCAUGAUAACUACACUCUGCCCGUUCAGGCGAACUGUGCUCAUUGGUUCUGUGGAGAGUGUAUUCUUCGAGUGUGGCAGCACACAUCUGCUCUUCAGCCCUGCAAAUGUCCAAUAUGUCGCAGACCGAUUACCCUUUUCAUUCCCAGCGAGGUGGAUCCACAUGUCCAGACGGAAGAACCUCCUAACUCAGACAUGAUCAUGAGUGACAUUGCCAAGUACAACCGUAUUUUUGGUGGUGGUGUCGUCAGUAUAUUUCAGAGAGUACGAGAUAUGCCACUUCUUUUACGGAGACUUGUACGGGAGUUGAUGGAUCCGCAAAGGGCCAUACAUUUGAUUCACAGGACUCCUAUACUAUUUUAUUUGCUUUUUCUGGCUUUCUACGUCUUCUCUCCUCUCGAUAUCAUUCCAGAAGGAAUUGUGGGGCUGGUGGGUUUGUUAGAUGAUCUGUUAGUGCUGGUCAUUGUGCUCUUCUAUCUGGCCAUGCUGUACCGCUCCACUCUCCUUCUCCACCAUGGGGGUCAUGCACAAUGAGGAAAUUUGUAUAUAUUGCUACCUGUUCUGACGAUGGGUAGUUGAAAACCAGUUGAAUGCUGCAAAGCAAGGUUUUGAAAAGUCCCCACCAGGAGAGGAUUUCAAGUCACUUAUUCGAGAGUGCUUUCGGUGGCGAGGAAAUUCUUACCACACUUACCCACCAACCCUCACACCCUAAGAUAUCAUCCUGCGCUUUCAGUCAAGGAAGUCGGUUACUACUGGCUGUUAACUGAUUAUGCUACAGCGGUUGGGCAGCUUCAUUCAAACCUUCGGACUUAUCGCACGGAGUGGACCUUGACUGUUUAUUGGGAUUCGCUAGCAGCGGCAUUCUUUCCUGAUUGGGCACGUUUGUGUGCUAGAGACUCGCUCCUGAAAGCUUUCUAUACAAAUUCAUUCCAAGUUUGUCCAGGAAAGGGAUGUAAGGCGCCACCCUUACUUGUAAAUUCUUUCCCUUAGACUGGAAUCAAGGCUUCACGGAAUUCUUCAGUUUCAGAGAAAACUGAAUAUCUAGUCCGCACUUGGAACACUUUCAUUAAGGAAAAUUUACUUGUUCAUAUUGAGGAGUCUGCAAAGAGGUUCGUUCCUUUAUGUUGUGCCGAAUUGUAAAUUUGUGGCUUGGCUUGGCUUGCCAGACGCGAAAGUUGUUAUGAAUGUGACGAAUGAAGACAACAACAACUGAG